CUUUUCUCCUCAACGAAUCUCGAGACAAAGUCCCUCAUAAGCAAUGGUCCUCGACCGACUUCAACAGUUGACCCACCAGGUCAACGGCUCAUCUCCGCCGCCCCAUCCCUUCGACCCUCUCUCCACCGCGGAAAUCGACACGGUCGUCGCUCUCGUCCGCAACGAACAUGGCAAGGUCAACUUCAACGCCGUCGGUCUCUUCGAGCCUCGCAAGGCGGAGAUGAUGGCAUGGCUAGAAAACCCGCAAACGGCCCCUCUCCCGGCUCGCGCUGCUGAGGUUGUUGCCAUCGCUCCAGGCGGGAAGGUGUACGAUGGGCUCGUGGACCUAGACCAGAAAAAGGUCACCCAGUGGCAGCAUACUCCGGGCGUGCAGCCCAUUAUCACUAUGGAGGAUCUGCAGGAGGUGGAGCAUGUUGUCCGCCAGGAUCCCAAGGUGAUCGAGCAGUGUGGGAUUAUCGGAAUCCCUAGGGAGGAUAUGCAUAAGGUUUAUUGUGAUCCUUGGACAAUUGGGUACGACGAGCGGUUUGGCACCGACAUUCGCCUGCAGCAGGCUCUCAUGUACUACCGCCCCCAUGUCGACGACUCCCAGUACACAUACCCAUUAGACUUCUGCCCCAUCUUCAACGCCGAGACGAAGCAGAUCAUCCACAUUGACGUACCGCCUAUCCGACGACCCCUCAGCAAAGCCGCCCCCAACAACUACCUGCCAGCGGCGAUUGAAAAGGAAGGUGGUUUCAGACAGGAUCUGAAGCCGAUCCACAUUACGCAGCCAGAGGGCGUCUCGUUCAAGAUGACCGGGCGUGUCAUCGAGUGGCAAAACUGGAGCAUCCACGUUGGGUUCAACUACCGCGAGGGAAUCGUGCUGAACAAUAUCACCUUCAACGAUAGAGGCGAUGUUCGCCCCGUCUUCUACCGUCUGUCUUUGGCUGAAAUGGUCGUGCCGUACGGAAACCCGGAGCAUCCGCACCAGCGGAAGCACGCCUUCGACCUGGGCGAGUACGGCGGAGGCUACAUGACAAACAGCCUAUCCCUAGGCUGUGACUGCAAGGGUGCAAUCCACUACAUGGACGCAGCGUUCGUCAACCGCGCAGGCGCCAGCACCAUCGUAAAGAACGCCAUCUGCAUCCACGAAGAAGACGCAGGAAUCCUGUUCAAACACACAGACUUCCGAGACGAGUCGAUGGUCGUCACACGCGGCCGGAAACUCAUCAUCUCGCACAUCUUCACGGCCGCCAACUACGAGUACUGCGUGUACUGGAUCUUCCACCAAGACGGCACCGUCCAGCUAGACAUCAAACUAACCGGCAUCCUCAACACAUACGCUAUGAACCCUGGAGAGGACACCCACGGCUGGGGCACGGAAGUCUACCCCGGCGUCAACGCGCACAACCACCAGCACCUGUUCUGCCUCCGUGUCGACCCGAAUGUAGACGGGCCCAACAACACCGUCUUCCAGGUCGACGCCGUCCGCGGGCCGGGCGAAGUAGGCAGUCCCGAGAGCAAGUACGGCAAUGCGUUCUACGCGCAAAAGACCAAAUUCAGCACUCCGCGCGAGGCAAUGUCCGACUACGACGGCAGCACCAGCCGGACUUGGGAAAUGGCCAAUACCAACAAGCUUAACCCUUACAGCAAGAAGCCUGUAUGCUACAAGCUAGUCAGUCGCGAAGUCCCACCAUUGCUACCCAAGGAAGGCGGCCUCGUCUGGAAACGAGCCGGAUUCGCUCGCCACGCCGUGCACGUCACAAAGUACUCCGACGACCAAAUCCACCCCGCAGGCCGACACGUACCCCAAACCUCCGGCGAACCCUCCCAAGGCCUCCCAGCCUGGAUCGAAUCUGCCGGCCCAGACUCCUCCAUCGACAACACCGACGUCGUCCUCUGGCACACCUUCGGGCUAACCCAUUUCCCCUCCCCCGAGGACUAUCCCAUCAUGCCAGCGGAGCCCAUGACGCUGCUUCUCCGUCCGCGGAACUUCUUCACGCGCAAUCCCGUUUUGGACGUGCCGCCGAGUUUCGCGAGGUCGCCGUCGCAGGUGGCGGCGGGGAAGUCUUCUUGUUCGUCUUGUAGUGGGAAGGGGGAUGGGUCGAGUCGGUUGGUUUGAUACUUCGUUUUGGAGAGGGGGGGGUGCUAUGUCUGUUAUGAAUGAUGUUUUGGAUGCAUUUUUGAUUGGGG